UUGUUUUUUUUUUCCCACUAAGUUUUGCUUCUCAUUGCCACAUCAUGGUUUUGUGUCCUUUUUUUUCCUUCCAGUGAAGUUUUCAUGCUUUGCCUAUUGACUAUAUACUGAAAUGCAAAGGUUUCCCUGUUCUUUUCUUUUUCUGUUGCAAAUUCCGUUGAUUUAUUCAAUUUUGAAAGGAACAAGACCCAGUCUCAUAGUACCAAAGACCUUAUUAAAUACAAACGGCACUUACACUUUUUUUAGAUUGACAAUAAGGAGAAAAUAAGUGCACAAUUCUUCUGUUAGGAUGUGUCUAUACAGAGGCAGAAUGAUGAGUACCCUCUUUAAUUUUGCCAUCAAGCUAGUGCUCAAAAUGUUCCUCAUCCUACUUAGUCAUCAUGAUACGGAGCUUUGUCUAAGCUCAUAUUCCAUGCCAAGAUUUUGCUGAGAGGUAUUACUGUAUGCAUAAUGAUGUACUAAUAAAUGUGGGUUUCCAACCACAGCUGGUUUACAUCAGGCUAGUUAAGAUUGUGAGCACCCAACCUUUUAUACUCUGAAAUGCUUAUAUUUGAUUGUGGCUUCUGCUAACACAACUGUAGAUGCUUCUGCUGUACACCACCAUUAAUAGAUCAGACAUAGGCUGUACGUUGUGUUUUGGUUCAAUUACAGGUAUUGAUCGACUUGUCCAGUGUCUCUCAGCUUGAUAACACUCCUCGGUGGUACCCUUUAAAAGAACAGAGUGAGAACAUUGAUCAUGGGAAAUCUCAUUCCGGACAGAAUAGCCAGCAAUCUCCAAAACCAUCUGUCAUCAAAAGUAGGAGUCAUGGAAUCUUCCCAGACCCUUCCAAGGACAUGCAGGUGCCCACCAUUGAGAAAUCCCACAGCAGUCCAGGGAGCUCCAAAUCUUCUUCUGAAGGACAUCUACGUUCUCAUGGGCCAUCCCGCAGCCAAAGCAAAACCAGCGUCACUCAAACACACCUUGAAGACGCUGGGGCAGCCAUCGCUGCUGCUGAAGCAGCUGUCCAACAGCUUCGCCUUCAACCAACAGCACAUAAAAGCGGUCAAUCUAAUCAUGCCAGGAAGCAGCACAGACACAGCAUAGCAGGAGUCCUCCCUAUUCAAAGAACUCAGUCUGACAAUCUGCCUCCACCAGCCAAUGACAACAAAGACCAAAGCCAACUAGCCCUCAGGAAAGUGAUGUCUGAUGGACCAGUCAAGCCUGAAGGAGCAAGGUCUACUAACCACCGACCUGCAGAAAGUUCUGUCUCCACUGGCUCAUCAGUCAGUAGCUUUGGCAGUGGAUACAGCAUGGAUAGUGAAGGCAGCAGCAGUGCCACGGGAGAGAAUAAUCUGUUUCCCAUCCCAAGAAUAGGGAAGAUGAGCCAGAAUGGACAAGAACCAAUAAAGCAGUCAGGAGUGGGAUUAACUGAUGCAGAAGGUAAAAAGAAAUACAAACAACGCUACAGUGGUAUUCCCUUCUAUUUAUAAAACUGAUAUGAUGAUUUCUCUUAAUUGUUAUGGUAUGAAAGAUUAGCUUAUGCUCUCUUUGUAUUGUAGUUUAAGGUUCUCUCUUUCAUUUAUUCUAAAGGCCCUUUGCACAUAGUACCGAUGUAAUGAGUCUUCAUUUAAAUGAGAAGCUUGUUUUACCUGUUUAUUUAAAAUAAUUAAAUAGAUUGCAAUGAAUAAUAUCUGUUUUUCAGUGUUCAUUGCUUUUCAUAGUAUUGGAAUAAAAAAAUAUGAAGUACAGAGCUGACUCAAUACCCAUUAAAUUGAUAGAAAACAUCCAGUGGCUGUCAGGCUCUGUGUUUAUAGGAUUUCAGAAUACUUCAUGAAGAAAUUAAUUUUGUUGACUAUAUAAAACAUUAACAUUAAAUAAAAAUGUUAGCUGAACAUCAGGUUUGACCACUGCACUUAAAGCAUAAUGAAACACUAUGAUCGGGAAAUCCGGAAUUAAUGGUUUUUUUUUGUAUGAAUGUGUAUCUACCAAAGAAGGAGCCAUUGUAGUGUUGGAGCUAGAAAGAGCCUGACAGGAUGGCUGUUAAAAGAUCCAUGUGCAAUGUGAUCAUUUUGUAUAAUAAUGGACAAUUGCAUGAAAAUUAAGAGUUAGUGUUUUGUAUUGAAGGAUAUGUUAGGAAAAUUCCAUUUCCCUUUACCUGUAAGGUAUUUUCUUUCAAGUGUAUGCUUCUGUUGACCUCAAAUAUAAAACCUAAUUAUUGUGACCUUCAUUUUAUUAUUAAAAUAAUAUUUUUAUCAUUUGAAUGAAUUUCAGUACUACCUUGGGUUUUAACUAAUUCAUAAAUUGAAAUUUAUAUACGCAAUUGAAGUCAUUUUAAGUUCAACCUUAAAAAAAACAUUAUUUAUCAGGUUUCUGCAAUCUGUUUACAUGGAGUAAUAAUUGCUGUUGCUAUAUUUGAGGUAAAAAUAAUCUAGUUUUGCACAGAUUUGAAGAAGUUAAACUAGAAUAUUGAAGGGUAAAACUCUUUUUCAAAGCAAGAAUCCUGAACCGUUUAUAUGCAGUUUGUUGAAUCCUUAAAUACAUUACCUAUCAUGCAAAAAUCCAAAUUUAGCUGCUUAUCAAACUUCAAUUCAUUCAAGGGAUCUUAUAAAUAUUUUUAAAACAAACAUCUUUGAAAAGAGAGGUGGUGGGAAGAAAAUGGGAAAUCAGGAAUUUUCCAUUUUUACUUUGUUGUGGUGUGUUUAAUUCAAAAAGAUAAUUGUAAAGAAAUAGUUUUUCAACAUUUUGUUCAGCAUAAAUUGCCCCUUAGUUCAUGUUUUUGAUCAUAAACUUCAGCAAAUACAAACACAAAAUGUUUUAAUAUAAUGUUUGUAUCACUCCAAAAGAAGAUAUAAAUACCCAACUCUUUUCAAAGUUUCAAAAAGAUGACUAGUUAACAUUCAGUCACUCAAAGUUUUUUCCCCAAAGGCAUACUUCUGCUCAUCUUUAAAGUCUGCAAAUCGCUCAAGAGCUUUGAUUCCCCAGUUUUCACUUAUGAUGCAGCCUGGUUCCCUUAAAAUAAAGACUCUAAUUCAAUUACUUCAAUUAAAAAUCUAAAAUAAGAAAAACAAGAGUGGUCCUCACUAAGCAUUGUUUCUUCCCAUUGAGAGAAGGUGGGAGGCAGCCAAGUUUUUAGUGUCUGACUUCUAGUUGAAAAGUGGGGACAGAUCAAUUUCAAAUGAUAAAACAAGCCAAAGGCUGGAACGCAUUUCUGUUUCAGCAUGUAAAUACAAUUAUAUUUUGGGGAUGUAAUUCAGAAUGUAGAUGAAUCUAUAUUAACCAAAAGAAUUUCAAUAUUAUAGAAAUAUUGUGGUAUUAUUUUCAUAAAUGAACAAAAGUUAAUGAAAAACUUAAAGUCUUAAAGGUCAGAUAUCUUUUCUGUAGCAUACAGGACCAGAUGAGCUCCACAAUUAACUAGCAGUAAAUAUUUAUUCCCAUUUUUUAUUGAACAGUGGUUCUCAUGGCAAUGAGAAUUAUUUUCUCAUUGCAGAUAAGAAUUUAGCAUUAUAGUUAAAAACAUAAUUCUAGUACUAUUUUUAUAUUUUGAAAUACUCUUACUGGCUGACUUCUGUGAAAAGUAGCAUAUAGAUUACUCUCUUUAAUAUUGUGUUGAAUGAAUGUAAUUCCUUAAACAUGCACAUCUACUGAUAUUUGAAAUAUUUUAGUCAUGCAAGCCAUUUACACAGGCUUAGAAAUAUGUCAGGGAACUUACACAACCAAGAUGUUUAAGACAGGUAGCAGGAGGCAAGGCAAGGUAGGACUCUCAAAUGGCAACGAAAACUGGUUUUUAGCCAGCUGGAUUAAUACUGUGGCAACAGAGUUCAUGUUCAGCUCACAGAGUACAACAUUAGAAUGUACACUAGUGGAAUAAUCAGGGAAAAAUAAAGCUGCUUUUUGUAAUUGUUUACUGACCUGAGAAAUGUGUUAAUGUUUUGUUGGGAAUGGUUUUUGUGAUAUGAAAAUGUACGAAGUAAGCAAAUAUCAGUGAACAGUACUACUUACUUUGCUAAAACAACUGAAUGGUCAAUAUAAAUAACUGUGAGUAUCGCUAUGAUAAUCUUUGUUUCUCUAAACAUAUCAUCUUGUCAUUUUCUGUAUUUUCAUACUAGAAUAUAAAAUAAUUCAGAGUUUUGUUCUUCGACACUGUGUUAGUUAUUUUUAUGAUAUGCAUUGUUGCAUGCUAUCUUAUACUUCACAUUCUGCCUUGAGCAGAUGAAAAGAUUAACCUUAAAUUUCAGUAAAUCUUAUGAUGCAUAUUGUGAUCUUUAUUGAGUUAUGCAAACCAAUUUCUUUAUUCAUUUCAGAAAGUGCAAUAUCUUUUGUUUAAAGUUUGCUUAUGAAAUGUCUCUGGAAUAUUACAGACAUUACAGACAAAAUAACAGUUGUUUUCCCUGUAAGGAUUGAAAGUAACAAUUAAAAACACAUGAUUAAUAUAUUGAUUCAGUGUUAGAUCAUGAUUGGUUUAUGUACUCUAAGUAUCUACUCAGCCAACAGAUCAUACAUGGUAUUUUCCACUUACCAACAAUUUUUCAAAUUAAGAAAUAUGUAGGGAAAAUUAUUUUAUUGAAUUUCAGAACUGUUUAUCUACAAGAUAAUUUCAGCUGCAAUUAUUUCUAAUAGGAAAGAGCUGUAUAGAUACAAGGAGCAUUUUAACUGAAAUAGUUUAUUAUAAGUAAAUUUUGAAACUUCUCAUUUUGAAUAUGCUGUGUACAUUUAAGAUAAACUUUUGGUAUUUCAGAGGUCCAUAUGAAAUGAAUGUUCUUUUAGAAAAUACAAAAUGUGUUAUAAGAAACAUCAGUAAGCAUGACAUGCCUUCACUCAUUCCAUAGUUGUAGUCAACAAAUACUUGCAAAGCUUGUCAUACUCUGUGCUUGGCCUUGCUUAUAGACUUCCAGACACAAAAUAGCAAAUUUCUUAUAGGAACUGAGUGCCCAUGCCUUCCAACAGAGUGCAGUCAUUCAUUUUUUCUUAAAUUUCCAUCCAGCAUGUGUACUGAAUUCCAAGCACUUCUCUAUGCACUUCUGCCAUGGGCUCACUUUCUGGCAUUUCCACUGGUUCUUUGAAUGUCAGCUUGAUCAGAAAACUCCAGAAUAUUCUAGUAAACGUUUUCUAGACCUAUUUCCAGAUUCAAGUAUAACGAAUAGAUGUGUAAUGUUUCAAAACAAUAAAUGUUUCUAACAAUAAAUAUUUACUUACUGAACUUCUGGAAGAUAAUGUGCUGGUGAUAAGCGCUCGUGGUUUACAUAACCAUACAUUAACAUUCACAGUGGUUUUUGUUGUUGUUGUUGUUGUUGUUUUUUGCAUGCUAUGUAUUUUCUCUAGUUACAGGUGAAAAAUAGUGUGGUGACAACAGCAUGCUCUACCAGAAAAAAAUUACGAUUCCAUGCUUUUUAUUUCACAUAGUCAGAGUAGUCUAACCUGAAAACAGAACUUUAUAUUUUCCUUAAUUUUUGAGAUGUGUGGCUCGUCAGUCUGGAUAAAAAACUAAGAUACAAGGAUUCAAUAAUCUCAACAAUUUCGUCAAUUGACAAAGUCUAACCUUUAUUU